CACGAUGAUUGAAGACUGAACAUUGGUGAGUCAAAUUUGAGAUUUGACGUUGCGUGAUGCCUGAGGUCGUUCCAAGUAGAGUUGUUAGUUUUACAAGUGAAGAUAAAGCUUUUCCUGCAUCCAACCUUUUAAAAGGGUCGUCAUUCUCAAAAUGGUGUUGUAUAAUUGGUGGAAGCAAGCAAGAAGCUGUAGAAUUGAGUUUUUCCGAACCUGUUGAAAUUUCACGUUUAGAUAUUGGGAAUAAUGGUUCUGCCUUUAUUGAAGUACUAGUGCGAAGAUCUGCUUCAUCGGAUGACUCAUCGGUACUCCUCCCAUCCUCUUCAUUUAUGUCUCCAGUAGAUGCAAAAAACGGGACGAACCUUCACCGUGUCCGGGUAUUUAGUGGUGAUCAGUUUAUAAAAUCUAUAGCCUGUCAGAAAUGGGAUCUAGUCAAAUUUGUUUGCUCCCAACCGUUCAACAAAACUUUACAGUAUGGUAUUUCUUUCGUUUUCUUCCACACUCCAGCUAAUGUGAAUCCAGAAGCCGACGAUAAAAACAUUAAAGUUGACAACUUACUGAAUGACGAAGAAUCAGACUCAACCCAAUUCAAACCAGGUUCACUCUUUCAGGCUUCACGCCAGACAUCUUGUGAUAAAGACAAUUCACAGUCCAAGUCCUCAAUUUCAGAUAAAUUAAAUGCUUUGAAGCAUUCAGCUAAUUUAAUUCAGAACGCGAAUACGUCAAGUUCACUACUUGUGAGUCGACCAGUCGCUCAUCAUAGUUCCUCUAAAGCCAGUACCAGUUCUCACCAGUCUCACGCAAGACCUUCCUCCGUCGACACAGAUAUAAUACGUUCUCCACAGUCUUCUCGCAUAUCGAAGAACAAAGAGGGAUACAAACAAUCAAAAACAUCUCACUCGUUACUCCAAAAACCUUUGUCAAAUGUUAUUCUGACUUUGAGUGGUUAUCAAAAUCCCUUAAGAAGUCAAAUCAGAGACAAAGCCCUGGAACUUGGUGCCAAGUACAGACAAGAUUGGGGUCCAGAUUGUACACACUUGAUCUGUGCAUUUCCAAACACACCUAAAUUCAAUUUAGUCAAAGGUAAAGGUAUAAUUGUUUCUGACAAAUGGAUUACACAAUGUUACGAAACUAAAAGUAAUGUACCUUGGCGUAGUUUUAGAGUUGGACGGGCACCUAGUCCACCGAAUACUGUAACUCUGUCUUCUACAUUAAAUCAGUCUUUAAAUGAUGAUGAUGACGACGAAAGUCAGUCUCCAGAAUCCAAAUCAUCAGUUCAUAAAACUAAUCUAAGACUACGAGGUAAGAAAAAAUCAGAUGAUAGCGACUGGCGACCAGCUUCUUCUGAUGAAGAAGACGAUGAUGAUGACGAAGAUGACGGAUUCCAGGAGACUGACGAAGACGAGGAUAAUGGAGGAGAAGGAAAUGAUGAGGACUUAUCUGAUGAGCCGAAUCGAAGAAGAAAGCGUAAAAUAAAAGCUGACAGAAUGAACCUACAAAAACGACGCCGCUCCACUACUAGCGAUGGUUCUAAUGCUAAAAAAACCGUGACUACUAACGAUCCAGAAGAUGAAAAUACAGAUGAUGAAAUUCAAAGAGUCAUGACAUCGAGUCGUAAUCAGUUGUCGGUCGCUGAUGAAGAUGAGGAUGAAGAAGCUAUUAAAGAAUCACUUAUGAACAGUCUUCCCGAUAUAUUUGUGAAUAAACACUUCUUUAUUCAUAACAAAUCAAUUCCUGAUGAUGAAGAAUCUUUAAUUAAACGAUUAAUUGUUGCGUUUGGUGGAACACUGCAUCAGUACAUGAGUAAUGAAGUCCAAUACGUUAUAACAAGGUCCGCUUGGGAUGUCGAGUUUGAUAAUAUAUCACCUCGGACCGAUGAACAGAACGAAAGUCAACAAUACAACAACAGGACAUGCUAAGCUAUUCCACUACCUUCCAGCCUUGCUAACUAGAGAAAGAAGACCAGAUUUGGCCAGUCAAAUAUAUAAUUCCACACGCAACUCAGAAGAGCGAACGAACAGGUACACACACUCACACGUUUAUAUGCAACACAAAAAUGUCCUUGAAAAACGUCACAAAAUAGCUUAUUAAAAGUAAAAACGAGCCAAUGACAUUUAAGGUCCUUCCAGAUGGGAAACACAAACUGAAGCUAAAAAUGGGCGUUUUUGGCGCGAAAAUGAGAAGUUCGGAUUUCCAAUACUAAAUUACAGAAAUAGUUUUACCAAUUUAUCUUUGGAGAUUUAGCGUCCUCAGCAGACUUUUGUAGGCGAUGAUCAAUAUUCUAUAAAACUAUGGACAUAAAGAAGAUUCACAAAGAAAUUUUAGGCGUGAACAAAUUUGCACUCAGUUUAAUGGAAUUUUAUAGCAAUAUUUCUACAAUAUUUAGAUCGAAAAACUGAUAAUCAGUUCUAGGAUGUCAAUGAAAUUCCUAAAACGGCUAAAAUCUAACCAGUUACAUUACUGCCGUUGUGAAAUACUCUUAAUUUGUAUAGACUUUCUUGCUCAUUGUUAAAAAAUUGGUUUGAAAAUCAUGAAAUCACUUUAAGAAUCGCUCAAGCUUGCCCUGUGCGCUGAUCUCGUAUCAUCACAAUAACAAAACUGUCCUCUAAACUUAAAGUCAUCUACCAUCAAAAAACAGUUACCUCAAAGUUACGGUUACAGCUUGCUGACAAUUCCUAAAUAGCAUAAAACCCAAGUCAAACAGAAUUUUCUGUUGACCACCUCCAACCUUAUCAACAUGGUUCAGUUGAUGUUAAAUCACUCGGAAUAGUCACCACACUGCAAUUAGAUCGGUAAAAUUCAAUCAGCAUCUACAGUGCUAAACAAAUAAGACAGUGUCUACGACCAAAAAAGCAAUCAAUUUCACUCACCAUUGUAAUUGGUCAAUCGCUUUAUUUCGUUUUGGUUUAUGUACUUAUCACAGUUGAUAUUUACGGUAAACACAAGUCAGCGUGUUUUUUUGUUUGUGAUUCUGCGUAACUCGCACCAAUUCCGCUUAUUAUAAUUUGUUUCAAUGAUCUCAUGCAUUCACACAAUAUAGGAGCGUAUACGCACACAUAUUUACAAUUGCGUGUCUAGAUAUUUGGCAUUUAUGUAGCUUAUCUAACCUUGUUUUGUUUACUCCAUCCCCUUAUAUUAUUGGGAUAAAUUGGAGAUAGUUUUCUAACCGGUUGUCUGUUUGUAAUCUCCUCCUUCUGAUAAUCUUUAGUAAUUAGUAUUAUCGAAAGAAAACAUUCCUUUAAGUUGUAUAAGUUGUGUAUUUUUUUAUUUUGAUGCAGAACUCUAGAAGACUGGAAAAUAUGGUUUAUGAAGUUACAGUUUACAUCACGAAUCAAACUUAGACAACUAUUUGAAGCUAGGAGAUAUUGGGAAGUUGUUUCAUUGAGGUGCAGGACUUCUGAUCAGUGACCAACCACUUAUAAUAAAGUUUGGACUCAGGAACUUCAAAUUUCGUGGUGGGCACCUAGCCUUUAGCUUAUUGAGUCGGAAUCUUAUGGUUAACAUGUCUGAAUUCUAUCACUUCAUGAUGUUGUAUAACCAGCUUCCAAAUCCAUUAUUUGGUAAUUGCCCCACAUUCAACAUAAGUGAGCUCAACUGAUCAUGGCUUUUCAUUAAAACUUCCGAAAUCACCUCUUUAAAUUAGUCACUAGCGACACAUGGUUAUUAUUAUGCGAAUUUGUAGAGAUUUUUAAUCGUAAAUUGAUUAAAGUCGGGUGUUUGGAACGUUGGAUGUCUGCUUAGUGGUCUAAAGAUUAGAAGCCAGCUACAAGAUCUAAAACUUCUGAUUUUGUUCCUAAUGGGAUAGUGGGUACGCCCUUUUGAGUAGUUCCAUACUAGGUUGAAUCUACUAUCCAGUACCUUCUAGUUUCCAAUGAUCACUAUGUAAUUCAAGUCACAAAACCUUGAUAAUCUCCAAAAUCCCCUAUAACAAUAACACUGGGUGUUUCGCUGUAUUACUGAUCUCAAAUUGCUUUUCAAUGACAGAGUUUCAAAUCGUCUACAUAUACCAACCUUAUGGGUGCCAACCAUACAAUUCAGAAUGAUAAUAUUUCAAAUAAGAAUUGUAGAGAUCUCAUCGUAAGUAAAUACACAGGAAAUGAGAAUAUUUUGUAAUAAGGGAUGUAUUUCAAAUAGGAUCACAGCCAAAAGAAAUUUUAUCAAGUUCGAACAGCCUAUCUUAUUUUUCAUGAAGUUAUGGAUUAGAAAAUUACAAACCAAUCCCUACUAACUUUUAUUCUCAGGCAUGACCAAUAAAAUUUCAAUUCAUUGAGUUGCACUACUAUUAGAACUCCUUCCAGGAAGUAGUGAUUCAGUGGUCGAAAGAUCCAAAUUCUACGUUAUAAACUGACCAGCCAUUUUCCUUUCAAAAUGUAGAUUAAAAAAUCAUCAUCUCUACCAAUUUUGUACACACAACAACUUACACACUGGCUAAAUAGAGUUGAUUAAUAUGGUUUUCAGAAAUACCAAUGUUUGUGGCAACUUCUUGUUCUAUCAACACAGUUUAUACCAUCAUAUGUAGUUUUCCAUCGUCACCAAACGGGUUUGUUUUUGUUUUAAUGUAUGUAUAAUCCAAGGUAUAAAUUUAACACAGUCUAAGCUUAUACACGGAAAAACUCAGUGAUAUUUGUAGGCAAUCCAAUUUAUCACAAUCUUUCGUGGAUUAGUUCUGUCCAAUUUUCUUUUGAUGUCAAACCUACAAUUUUAAAUUGUCACAUAAUCAGUUUUAUGUAACCAAGUCUAUUAUUUAAUGAUAUUGACUUGUUUUAACUCUUUUUAAAUCAUUAAAUCCUCAACUUGUGGCAUAUUUGACAUUUUUUGAUAAGUAAUUCAUUAAUGAUAUCUGACUUCAAAACGUCCUAGUGUUAAUUUGACUUGGUCACAUCCAUACACACAUUCAUUCUAUCCUUUGUUCUGUUAAUUUAAGCAAUUUUUUAAUACUUCUAAAAAUAUAGGUACAAAUUCAAUGAUUUGUUUCUCUUGGUUUCCUAAGCUCGGUCCCUCAUUCAUGUAAUCUAAAAUGUUCAUCAGUUUGCUUCAGCUAUUCCACAAACAUUGGAACUCUAUCUAUCUCUUUUGAAUUCCCUUUAUCAUUAUUCUUUUUUUAGUCAUGAAUUGUUUGAAAGUAUACGUAGUAGGAUGCUUCAUAGACUGGUAACUACUUUAACCUUAACAUCUACAUACAUAUAUACAUACAAACAAUACACACUGUUCCAAGUGUCCACCAACCCAGUUCUUUGCCAUAAGAAAAAUAAAUAAACAAAUUAUUUUCAUUUCAUAUUUCUAUAUUUUAGUUUUUUUUUGUUGCCCUUACCCUUCAGCUGUUUGUCAUUGUUUUUCUUCUACUCUAGUUUUCUCUCGUUAUAUAUUAUAUACUCAUAGAGGGAAUAUAUAGGAUUCGUUUAGAUAUUCAUCCAUUUACAUAUGUUGAUUAAUUAAUACGUGUCAGACAAGUUAGGGUCAAAUGCAUUCAUUAUUAAUUUUUAAAAAUACAGUUUAAUAUGUCAUUGUCUUUUGUACACUUAACUAUCGAAAAUUCAUAUAGAAAUGACAGUCUUUGUCUAUUGAAACUUUUCUAUGAUUGGUUGAUCCAAUGAUUUUCUAUACUUCCUCUUCGUUGUCUUCUACAAUUACUACUUUUCUCAUUAUAUUCUAUCCUACAUCAUAGAUUAACUUAUCCACCUUACUUUUAUAAUCGAACAAUCCUACAAUUAGGAUAUAUAAGUAUAUGGGCCAUGAUUGUUAUCAGUCUGUUGUCCGUCUAAAUCAUUAAGUAUUGAAUUUCAUGUUAUUUCGUUAUAUUAGUUGGGCUUACUUCCUCUCUUUUUACGCUUGACCUAAUUGAUAAUGUCUGAAAAAUAGAUGAUAGCAGAAUAGUUCUUAAUCAUAUAUACAUACACAAAUAUUUUCUUUGUUUGAGAUAGGAAGUAGUUACGAAUAUGUAUAAACCAUGCGAUGGGAAGAUUCAAACAAACAA